AUAUUACACGUCAACGCGGCAUUGCUGGCUGAUAUUUUGAUUUUUCCAAUUAAUUUGUAAAUAGCAUUUAAUCUACUUUUUGUAUGUAAAUAAAAUACAAACAUUGUUCAAUUCUUUAAAUAUCCAUUACAGUGGGCCAGCAUACCUGUUUUGUACGUCAACCAAAACUGAUUAUCAAAAACUUUAUACAAUACAGAAGUUGAAGAAUUCGUUUAAAACACCGUAUUAAAGUUAAAAUGGUAUAUACUACAAUGGAGGGAGCUUUAUUUGAACCCACACUGUACAUAGUAAAAGGGAUGUGCAUCCUUGACAAUGACGGCAACAGAGUGUUGGCCAAAUACUAUGACAAAGAUGUGUUGCCGACACCCAAAGAACAGAAGGCGUUUGAGAAGAACCUGUUUAAUAAAACACACAGAGCCAACUCAGAGAUUAUAAUCCUGGACGGACUGACGUGUGUGUACAAGAGUAAUGUGGACUUGUUCUUUUAUGUCAUGGGAAGCUCUCAUGAGAAUGAGCUAAUCCUCCAGUCAGUGCUGAAUGCUCUGUACGAGUCAGUCAGUAUCCUGCUCAGGAGGAAUGUGGAGAAGCGCAUACUGAUGGACAGUCUGGACGCUGUCAUGUUGGCCUUUGAUGAGAUAUGUGAUAGGGGUGUCAUCCUCGACUCUGACCCCACGUCUAUUGUGGGUCGCGCCGCGCUGCGUACUGAAGACGUUCCUCUGGGCGAACAAACCGUUGUUCAGGCUCUGUACAACAUUAUGAAUAACAAUUAUUAAAAAAAAAGCAAGAAAAACGGUGGUCGGCAUUAGAAUGGGAUAAAGUAGCUCUUUUGUUAAUUUGCCUUUCAAAUUACAACUGUUUAUUAGUUUUAGCUAAAUAAUAAUAUAUAUAUUUUUUUUGUUUAUUUUUAUUGAUUUUUAUUUUAUUUUUUUAUUUAAGUAUAACAAUUUUUAUGCAUGCAUUAUAUUUUAUAUUUACUAAUUACUAAAAAAGAAUGAUGAUUUUAACUUAUUUUUAUACAAUCUCUAAAUACCUGAUACCAGUAGUCGUUAAAGCGUGACAAAAAAAUAAAAAAAGUCGAAAAAUUUAUAAUAAUACUAGCGGACGCUCGCGACAUCGUCCGCAUAAAACCCUACCAUACCCCUACCCUAUCCCUAUUUCCAUACCCCUACCCCUUAGUGUCUCCAACCGAUUUUCAUUUAUCUGUUUUUGUUGAGGUUCAACAUCUCAAAUAAAAUAGAAGAACUGUUCUAAAUGCCCAGACUUAAGAACUAGUAAAAAAAAAGUAGACCCGCAAAAAAAAAUCUACAUCAAUGUUUACUUACUUACUAAAACUUACAGAAACUUGGCCAUUUACUUUCACAAAGUUAAUCACUUUUGAACACAAGAUAUUUAUACACCACUUGAAAACACUCGUUUUCUAGAUUAAUUUAAUAUAUUACAACUAUAAAAAUGUGCAACAAAUCCAAUUUCACGAAAAAAAAGAAUUACUAUACUACAGCCUUCCUUGAUGAGUACAGUUUACCAACAAACAAAUUAAAAAUGAGGGUAUAAAUCACUAGUCAUUUCACACCUAAUAAUAAUUGUAAUUGACUUUUUCUUAAAUUAAUGAAAAUAAAUUUGAUUAAUAAGUUUAGAACAAUUAGAUAUGGUUAAUAUAUUUUAUAUAACAUUUUGUAAACAAACCAUACAUCAUUUAAAAUAAAUAAGUUAUGAAAUGACAUGCGUUUUCUACUUUAAUUUAAUUUUUUUUGUUGGUAAACAGUACUCAUCAAGAAAGGCUGUAGUAUAAAUACACUCACGACAAUAAACGACACGUGACGCGGAAACAAGUCGCGCCACCUAGCGUUGGCACGAGCCAACACGAGAUCGAGUGACGUCAUAUCCGUCUCAGACUACUAUUUCCUACAACCUUAUAUUUUACACGUUAGAGUUUAAUUUAGGGUAAAAACUCAAACUCUUGGGAACUGAAGUUCCCACACACGUAUGUCGAUAAAAGUAAACAGGGAAUUUAAAAAAAAAUCCAAUGUUUUCAAAUAAAAUAUCGUGUCCUGGUCUUAUGACAGAUGACAAGACAAUUCUCAAUUCUGGAAAAUGUAAUUUCAAUUGUUUUAACCAACAUUAAAAAUAAGGAACCUCAAUACGUUGAGAUCUUUUUUCUAUGUACUUACGUUCCCUGAUUAUUAGAAGACGCCUGGACCAAUUUGGAAAAUUAUUUUCUGUUUAGGGUAGGUAAAACUUUCGGAAACAUCUAUAUGGGAAUACAACGUGAUCACAUACCUACAGGUUUUAUUGCUCCUUUCAGUAAUAUAUGGUAGGUAUUGCAAUUAAGUUUUGACAAGUCACAACAUGGAAUACAUUGUGGAAUAAGUUUAGUCGGAAGAAUUUUUCAGAGCUUUCAGGAUAUAAUACCGCCCUGCAUAUUUCUGUCGCCAAGUAAUGCUGUUCCAAUCUAAAGGGCGAGGUUGCCGGUGUAGCUACAGGAACAGGUUUACUUCUACGUCCCAGGUUGAGGACAUGAGGCGGUAGUCCUUUUCAUGAAAGAAGUCUCGCGGCUAAAACCUCAACUAAAAUUGACAGCGCCUUACACAAAUGACAAUGAGACCGCUUUUACCAAUUGUCAAUGAGCGCCAUAAAGACGUUAGCGCCGUGUUUGGGGACUUCUUUUAUGAAAAGGACUAUAUUUUGUAGGACAUGUUUAUGCUGUUUAUGGUUGCUGUUCCCGUUCCCAUGAGAAUACCGGGAUAAAAUAUAGCCUAUAACUCACAAAUAACGUGGCUUUUUAAUGGAAAAAAUCGGUUAAAUAGAUCCUGAGAUUACCUCUUGCAAUACUACAAUCUUUACCACUUUAUAAUAUUGAGUAUAGAUUAUUACUUUACUUACUUAUUUUACUUUACUUUGUUUAUUUACUUACUUUACUUUAUUGGUCCCUCAGUUAUAACUAUUAAAAAUAAAUAAAUACACGUGAUUUUAUAUUAAUUACUCUUUUCUGUUGUGAGGUAGGUAUUGAAUUGAUUUCAAUAUCAACCCUUGCAUAAACAUCGAAUUUCGUGAAUGGUUGAUUUUGAUAGAGGAGUGAAUGAUUUGCUGGAGGUUUUUUUUACCCUAGAUAACUAACACUAAACUUCGUCAACGCGAUGCUCCACUCUGAGAAAGUCAAUUGCACUUACUUCCUCGUAUGCUGCACCCCCCACUCUUUGUUUACCUUUCUAAUUUGUGCGAAUGAUUCAUCAGGUGAUCCGAUUGUGAUCACAAGAUAUUGGGGAUGAUGACUAGGUUUCAAUCUAUUGAUUUUUAUGAUACAUUCGGGUAAAUAAGGUCAAUGUUAACUAAUUUAUACAUCAAAAGCAAAGAUUGACUGGAUAUUUGCAAAAUAAGUAAUUUCGAAAUUUAUUAAAAAUCUUUUAUCGUAAUUAGGUGAAAAUUCAUACCGUUUUUGCUACCUUACAUGUGUAAGGUAACAAAUGUCAUAUUUUUUAAUACAUGAACUAUAAACAUAAAUUCACAAAUAAAGAUAUUACUAAUUUUGUUUGAACACACAUACAAAACUAACGAUAAUUACAUUACCUACGACGUCAUUAGUUCGUGCCUUUUUGUAUGGGGCGUUUUUCAGUGAUCCGCGGCAGCGGCGCAAAUCUGACCCUUUAAAUCCCUGUAGCUCCGAAAGUAAUGAUCGCAGAUACCCUGUUACUUUUACAAAAUUGCUUUACUAUUAGCAUACUCUUAAUUUAUAUACAAUUUAAAAAACAGUCUACGGCUGUAUUGUAGUCCAGUUGACGAAAGUUUAGUUACUACGCAAGUUUUUCGCAAAGGUAAGCUUGAUUAUUUGAUAUUUAUACACGGCUAAACGAAUUAUUCUUGUUUAAAUUUAUUCCAAAUUAUAUACUUUGCUAUUUAAUUACAAUGUCACACUUUUUACAAGUGAAAUUCAAAUAUUGUUGAUAUGUUUGUACCAUUUUUUUUUUUAGAUGGACUGGAUACGAGAUGUGCAUAUAAGCAAAUAUAUGACUGAGGAAAUGUUAUAUGAGUUUGAUAAAGUUUUGAAUAAGUCGGUCUAAGAGUGCGAAAUACAUUUCAACAUAUCAAAUUCUGAAUUAUUUUGCAAAACUUCAAACCUUAAGGACUACAUACAGCCAAGUAUUGAAAACACUACUAGAAGCCCCAGAUAAUUUAUUGAAAUUUACUUUGGAAGUACAAAGGGUGUUGUCACUGUUGAUUAAAUGUAUUUGCAAAUGCAGUGCUACAUUUUCUAUAGUAAUAUAAACUUGGCUACUGUCAAUACUUGUGCUAUUUACGUCUCAAACUACUAGAGAAAUAAAAAUAAACCGACACUACGACCUGAUUUUGUCAUGAAGAUCGAUGUGCCUUGGCUAUGGGAGCGAUAGUAAACGGUGACUGAGGCGUGACAUCAAGAUCAUGAUAAAAGAUAUUCUUGGUGAGUCUACAGUCUCCUGAAACUCCUGCUUAUUUUGCAUUAGUUGCUUAUUAAUUAUGUCCAUCAAAGUCUCGUAGGACAUUGGUGCAUGAAAAUCAGAAAUGCCAUUUGUGGAUCGCAAUUAUUUAUGUGCAGUAACUGUGGCAAAUAGUGAUUUAUUGUUAAAUGUUUCUUAUACUUCCUACUAAACUUAACUUUAAUUUCAUGUAACCUGUUUCUGUCUUUAAUAAAUACUUCUGAUGAUU